UCUUAUCACACCGCCGCAGACCACAACCUCUCACGACGUGUCAGGAACACGCUCAAAAACACGCAUUCUAUAAUUUGCAUCGCUUGAAUACUUUCCUCGUCAUCCUCGAUCAAUAGCGGGGUGGAUUGGAAGAAACUAGCGCCAAGCUUUGAGCACACGGACUGCCAUGGCUAUAAUGAGUCCGGUGGAUACCGUCCCCGCCCCUUUGUGGGCGCGAGAUAUAGUCAGCGACCUCAAGGACGCUACUUCCACAUUUUCGAGUUGGGAUAGUUGCAUGUCCAAGGCUUACUGCAAGUGGCCUGUUAUCGCGGCCAUCAUCAUCGGCGCGUUGAUAGUUCUGUCCAUUGUCGCAUGUGUGGUCAACUGUCUAUGUUGUGGUAUUCAAUGCUGCAAAUGCUGUCUAUGUUGCUCAUCGUGUUGCCCGUCACCUCGAAACAGGCAGCGCAAGACCAAGCAUUUGGAUGACCCGUACCCACCCCCGGAUAUGCCGGGGUCUAUGCCAGGGGCCAUGCCAGGAAGUAUGCCGCCUCCCAUGCCGGUGAAGUCACCGUAUCAACCGCCGCAGGCGCCCCCUGUGUAUCGUGGAACGGAAGUCGCUCGGUUUGACGCCCCCACGAGUCCUGCAGGAUUGAAAUACAACGAGGAUGCAUUGCCUGCCAUGCCCAGUUGGGAUACUGCUGUGACGAAAAGGGUGGAAGAUACGGGUCCCCACGUUGAGACGGUAGAGUUGGAGACCAUGCACCAUAUCGGUCGCGAACCUCGUCGGAUGCCUUCUGCGCCUCGAAUGAAUGGAGGGGCGGGAGGUGGAGGCUACAUGGGCCCUCCGCCGGUCAGAACAGGUACACCCGGUCAAUAUCCCGUUCGGACCGGUACCCCUGGCCAGUAUCCUGCCAGAACUGGUACACCUGGUCAAUAUCCCGCUAGAACCGGGACCCCUGGUCAAAACUUUGACAGAGGCACGCCUGGCCACUAUCCCGAACCUCAGGGGUACAAUGCACAGCCUUCCUAUGGGUAUGAUGGUCCCGAGACAUACGGGUACAAUCACCACGGCCCUAGAUCGCCGCCUCCCAUUUCACCAUACGAUGAGCAGCCUUACCACCAUGACUUCCCUCCUGAAGAACGGUAUCAGGCCAUGUCUCCAGCUCCGACCUACACCACCCAACCGGCUUAUGGCAACGUGGAGCACCAACAUCCUCAUUACACUCCCUCAGAUACCCCGCUCCCACCCUAUAUGCCAAUGGACCGGACAAGGUCUCCAGGUCCGGCGCUCUCAUCGGCUAUGAACGCCCCUCGCCCCGUCCCUUACCGUCAACCUUCCCCUGCGAUCAGCCAAUAUACAGCUUACCCCGGAGCGUCUCCUGUGACCCCGACGUCACCACCAUCUUUUGCUGCCAUGCCGGCUCCUCAUGAAUCUAGUGACCCGGGCAGGCCCCCGAGUCUCCUGCAAAGCGGACGAAGGCCGGUCCCCAACUCUUACAGGGACGUUUGAAUCUGUUAUGACCAUGGAUUGAUACCCUGCCAUUCUGUUUUUGCUGUUUCUUUUGACAGGUUCGAAAAGGGAAGUUAUGAAAAUGCAACCAUGAUGAGCGAAGUAGACUUCUUGGCGUUCAGAGAUGAGCUACUAUGGCAUUUAGAUACCCAGAGGCAAGCUCAUGCUACACUUAGUGGGAGCCAUUUUCUUCAAGGCAAACAAUCCACGCAAGCCAUUGCCAAAUUGCAAGCACGGAUGGAACUAGUUCAGCUUGGCACGUGCAUUUGCUACAAUGGUAAGGGUCAUUGAGCUAGUACUCUCACGGGGCUACUUGGCUGUGCAUGCCCUUGUAUACACCUUUCUUGUACAUGACUUGGUCGAUGUGGCCUCUUUGAACAACAUUUAG